GACUUACAAGAUUUCUCGAUAUUACAUCUCGUUAAGUCCUUCAAUAAGCAGCAAUUAAGGCAAAAUGACGAAAUAGAAUAAAUGAAUCAUCGGGUUAAAGUCGAAUAAUACAAAUGCCGUUUUGAUAUGUCAUACAUCGGUGGUUCGUUCACCUUCGUCAAUCUCCGCUAUCUCCGUCAUCUCCGUACCUCCUGACACUUGAGGCAUGCGCACUAGUCCAUAAAACUCAGGGUGGAGUAGGGAGAAGUGGACGACAGCCAUCAGUAAUAAUUUUUCGUCAGUUUUCAUUUCUCACUUAGCAGUGAAAACAUAUCCCAUAAAUUCCCCCCAAAACCAAACAAUAGAUGAGAUUAAUGCUACGAAUAAUAAACAAUUGCCCAAUCCACUCAACAGUCAGUGACUUGUGAUAGUUAUUUCCUAGUUUAACCAUCAAUAUUUAUUUAAAUCAGAGUCGACAGCCAUAGGUACUAUGACUGUGUGCUCUGGAAUGUCAUCGAUAAAAGCGUCAUUAUUGCUGAUUCUGUUCUCCAUUGCAGCAGUUACGGUUAUAAAGGGCGAUGGCCACUGCAUCUGGUACGGAACUUGCUUCAAAGACGAGCUCGGUCACGUCAAGUACUGCCCCUACAACGGCACUGCUAAACCCUUGGACACCAGGGGUCAGGGUUUCCUAGCAAAACACUGUCCCCACAUGAUGAAGGCACCAGGUCAAGCUAUUAAUACAUGCUGUGACUCCGAGCAACUCGAAAUUCUCGACAACAAUAUUCUCUUAGCUGCUAAUUUACUUGCUCGUUGUCCUAGUUGUCUCGGAAAUUUGGUUAAACAUUUCUGUGAAUUUACGUGCAGUCCCCGUCAAAAUGAAUUCAUGAAUAUAACUCAAUUUGGACCUAACAACACGUACAUCGAUGGGAUCAAUAUGUACAUCACUAAUAGGUAUCUACAGGGGACUUAUAAAUCAUGUAACAAAGUGUCAGUUCCCAGCACCGGUCAGCUGGCCUUCGACCUCAUGUGCGGAGAUUGGGGAUCCAGUCAUUGCACUCCCGAAAGGUGGUUUAAAUUUAUGGGUGAUGCUACUGAUAAUAUCUAUGUACCAUUUCAAAUCGAUUACAUUGGAAGUGACGAGAAAGUUGGCAAUUUCACUCCACUGGAUCCCGAUAUUACACCCUGCAGCAAACCAUACAACUCUACAACAGCCGCCUGCAGCUGUGUCGACUGCGAAGAGAGCUGUCCUGUGCCUCCGCCAGCCCCCCUGCCACCCCAACCCUUUACCCUCAUCGGUCACGACGGCUACGCAGUCACAAUGAUCAUUACCUUCAUUAUGGGAACAUCUCUCUUCCUCCUAUCGAUCGUUUGCUUCACCAACCGCAAGAAAAUAGUUGCAAGGGGCGAGGAAGUAGGGAGACAGGUGGGUAGACGUCUCACCGCUGGUUUACAUCACCCUGGAGAUGGUGCACGUAUUGCCCUGGCUGCUGAUCAGGAGGACAGCCCACUGCAGUCUAAAAGAUCCAGUGUUACCUCUGCAGACGACCUACCAAAUGGCCUUCAAGAGGAGGAAUCAACAGUGGUUGAAAAACUUGGAGCGAAUACUGACAAGUUCCUCCAGGAGUUUUUCUGUGCGUGGGGCACCUUCUGCGCCAAACAUCCGGUGGAGGUUCUCUUGGUGGGUGCCUGUAUAAUCGUCGUCCUCGGUUGUGGCAUCAGGUACACUCAUGUAACAACAGACCCUGUAGAGCUCUGGGCGUCAGCGACUUCGAGAGCUCGAAUGGAGCGACAGUACUUCGAUAGUCACUUCGAGCCUUUCUACAGAAACGAGCAGAUAAUAAUCUCCGCUGUGGGCCUACCUAAUAUAAUCCACAACACAUCUGAUGGCUUAAUCACCUUUGGCCCAGUAUUCCAUCGAGAGUUCCUUACGACCAUUCUCGAACUCCAGGAGGAUAUCAAAGCAAUCAAGACUGAAAGCAACUACACUUUAGCCGAUAUCUGUUUCGCCCCACUAACAAAUUCCUUCACAGUGGCUCCAACAGUCGAAAAAUGCACAAUCCAGAGUGUCUGGGGUUAUUGGGGCAAUAGCAUGAAGAGAUUCAACAAAACCAUAAAGGAGCACGGCUACGUAACGACGUAUCUCGAUCACUUUAAAACGUGUACGAGUAAUCCAUACAAUUCAGAAUGCCUUGCACCCUAUGGAGGACCCAUAGAGCCAGCUAUUGCAGUGGGUGGAUUUCUCAAACCAGGACAAUCUCUAAAAGAUCCCCAUUACGAGAAAGCAACUGCUAUUGUUCUGACCUUCCUCGUUAACAACUAUCACAAUAAAUCGAAGCUCCAGCCUGCAAUGGAGUGGGAGAAAAGCUACAUCGAGUACAUGAAGCAUUGGGCAGCCACGAAAAAACCAAUUUAUAUGGACGUUGCAUUCACAUCAGAGAGAUCUAUAGAGGACGAGCUUUACAGAGAAUCACAGUCUGACAUAUCGACGAUUCUCGUCUCCUACAUCAUUAUGUUUGCCUACAUCACUGUUUCUUUGGGGCAGAUGAAGUCCUGCGGACGAUUGCUCAUCGAUUCCAAAAUCACCCUGGGUUUAGGAGGAGUUCUCAUAGUUUUAACAUCAGUUAUAUGCUCUGUGGGAUUAUUUGGGUUCAUUGGACUGCCAGCCACUUUGAUCAUCAUCGAAGUCAUUCCAUUUUUGGUACUGGCUGUGGGGGUCGAUAACGUUUUCAUCCUUGUCCAGACUCACCAGAGGGAGGGCAGGAGGCCCAACGAGUCCAUUCCAGAGCACAUAGGACGUACUCUGGGACAGGUGGGACCCAGUAUGCUUCUGACAAGUGUCUCAGAGAGCUGUUGCUUCUUCCUGGGGGGUCUCUCGGACAUGCCUGCUGUCAAGGCCUUUGCCCUCUACGCCGGGAUGGCUCUCCUUUUUGAUUUUUUACUCCAGAUAACGUGCUUCGUCAGCCUCUUAACUCUGGACACCCUCAGACACUCUGGAAACAGAUUCGAUAUCUGUUGUUGGAUUCGGGGAUCUAAGAAGGACAGUGGGGAAGAAUUUGUUGAUGGGGUUUUAUACAAAAUCUUUAAACUUGCUUAUGUUCCAUUUUUGCUGCACAAAUGGGUGCGUGCUGGAGUAAUGGUGAUUUUCUUCGGUUGGCUGUGUACUAGCAUAGCAGUGGUGCCUCAUAUUGAAAUUGGACUCGACCAAGAGCUCUCCAUGCCAGAGGACAGUUUUGUCUUGAAAUAUUUCAAGUCACUGAAUGAGUAUCUCUCCAUUGGGCCUCCAAUGUACUUCGUUGUUAAAGAGGGAUUGAAUUAUUCAGACACAAGGACACAGAAUUUAGUUUGUGGUGGUCAGUGGUGCAACUCUGAUUCCCUAUCGACUCAGGUAUUCAUUGCAGCUCAGCAACCCAAUAUUACGUAUGUAGCUAAGCCAGCGAGCUCUUGGCUAGACGACUACAUUGACUGGAGUCAGGCUGACAACUGCUGUAAGUACUUCCCACAGAAUAAUUCCUUCUGUCCACAUGAGAAUAUGAGGUGCCUCAACUGUCCAAAACGUACGAAUAAAUUUGGCAGACCUGAUCAAGUGUCUUUCGAGAAAUAUGUGUCUUAUUUUUUGAAUGACAAUCCCAAUGAUCAAUGUGUGAAGGCUGGACAUGCUGCCUAUGGGCAAGGGGUCAAUUACCAAUUAAAUCCCACUACUAAUUUGUCGCACGUUGGAGCCUCGUACUUUAUGACUUAUCACUCGAUCCUGAAGACCUCUGCUGACUAUUAUGAGUCUAUGAGGGCGGCCAGAAAAAUAUCAGCUAAUAUUACCAAUAUGAUAAAUAGCCAUUUAGAGGCAGCCAACCGCACUGAGAGGACUGAGGUCUUUCCUUACAGUGUAUUUUAUGUGUUCUAUGAGCAAUAUUUGACAAUGUGGCCUGAUACGUUGAAGAGCCUGGGAAUUUCUCUCCUUGCAAUAUUUUUGGUGACGUACUUCCUCAUGGGAUUGGACAUUUUCUCCUCGUUCGUCGUGGUAAUUACCAUUACCAUGAUUUUGGUUAAUAUUGGGGGCCUCAUGUACUGGUGGCAUAUCACUCUCAAUGCCGUAUCCCUGGUUAAUCUUGUUAUGGCUGUUGGUAUCUCUGUAGAAUUUUGCAGUCACCUGGUUCACUCGUUUUCAAUGUCCGUCAGAGCGACAAGAAUAGAAAGAGUGGCUGAUGCUGUAACGAACAUGGGAAGCUCUGUGUUCAGUGGAAUAACUCUCACUAAAUUCGGUGGAAUAAUCGUUCUCGGUUUUGCUAAGAGCCAAAUAUUCAAAGUAUUCUACUUCAGAAUGUAUCUGGCAAUCGUGCUGUUUGGUGCAGCUCAUGGUCUCAUAUUCCUUCCAGUUCUCCUGAGUUAUAUAGGCGUGAUGUCCCGCCGGCGAAACAGAGGUGAUCUCCAACCAAAUGGAGGCGUCAACGAGAUCGCAGGGCGCUCACUCGUUGACUCCACGACUACUCUUGUUCAGAAUAUUUCGAACCCAACAACUUCCUACACCAGUAUAAACAGCGAUGAUACUAGGUAGAAAUUGAAGUUGUCACAAUAGAAGGUAAAUUAAACAAUUGGAGGAAAGGUGGGACAAAACAGACAUUUUUUUUCGACUAAAUUCCUUCAAUUGAAUAAAUCUUCAAGCGUCUGUUUUGAUUGGCCAAUGCCUUCGCAAAUUCCUAUAAAUAUAUAUUUUCGUCUUUGUAAUUUAUUGUCAAAAUAAUGGUUUAUCAAACUGUGUUCACGAUAAUGGUAUACACAUCAAAUUCCAUAUGAAUAUAUUCCGACUAGAAAAAUCAUUUCAUUUCACAUCUCAUGAGAUAAACGAUGAAUCAUCUCUGACGUUAGUCCGGGGUAACAAUUUUUGAAUCGCUUGCAAUCAUUAAAAUUAUGGCGCUUUCAUUACGGAUGCUAUUAAAAAAAUGAACCUUCUCUGGAAACGAGUUGCUCAGUAUUACUAAGUAUUGCGGAUUGAAGAAAAAUUAGGGAAUUGAAUUAUAUUGAAAUUGUUGUGGAUUUUUAUUUGUCAAAUAUAUACUUUUCCGCUUGCAUUUAAUCGAACGUUGCAUCACUAUCAUUUACCAGGAAAUAGCAUUUCCUAUUGACAUUUCAGCAAUUAUAGGUCUAAAUUACGAAUCUCAUAAUUGGAAUUUUGUAUGGGAUUUUCUUAUUGUGGUGUAUGAAAAUUGAACCUAAAAUACAUACGUAUUUGAUAUUUUUAUAUUGUUGUUCAAUGGAAAAACAGUCAUGCAAUAAUCCAAUUACGCGAAAAUGGCAAUAUUUUUUCGAUUAUUUCUAUAUUGAAGAACUCAAGGUGUUUAUAAUUCACACAAUUCAAUAGCGAAGUGAUAAAGUGAAGAUAGAGUGAAUCUCAAAAGCUAUUGAUUUUCAAUGUAUCACUUAGUUAUUGAAUAGACACAGACAUCUCAAUUCAUCCUCUCAUUUAAUUGGAAUAUAAAGCCCCCAUUAUCGUGAUCGAGAUACAUGCUGUGUUAAUAAUAUUCAUUUUCAUUAUAUAAAAUUCACCGAUACUAAACUGGAAAAACUCCAAUAAUUUUGUACUAUAAAGAACGUACUUUUUAUACAAAACUCAUUUCAAGAAGAUAAAAAAUAAAUUUAAAGAAUACAUUUUAUUCUUAAUAAAAUGAACAAAAUACGCGAUUUUGGGUAUGGAUUAAUGAAAAAUUGUGCUAGGGGUAUUUGUGGGCAUAGAAUUGUAAUUUAAUCAUUAUAUUAUCGUCACUGAAAAUGAUAUUGUCUGGUUAUUGUUGAUUUUAGUCGUUUGGGUAAGGCAAUUGCCACAGUGUGACUUCUAUAGCUGAAAAUUUUUUGUUGAAAAUUGAGGAAAUUUAAUAAGAAUUGUAAUUCUGUACAUAGUGUGAAAAAUAAAUAAAAGGCAUAUCAAAUUGCGGUGACACAAAUGUUAA